GCUUUUGAACGUCGGAGCUGCUAUGCAAAAGAUGAGAAAGAAAUGUGAGGCAGUAAAUAGCGACUUUAUACAGUUAAGCAGCGCAGUUUAAACAAAAACUGAUGCUAGUAGGAAAAAAUAUUCCCUCGUAUAAUGCAGUAGAGGUAACUGAGGAACUGUCAGAAACGGGUAGCUUCACGGGACGCGUCUCUUUUGGAUUAGCUUUGCUUAAAAACAUCUUGUCUUGAUCUCCACUAUGUUUAGAAGUAUUGUUAGACUUGGGAAUGCCCUCUCUCUCAGUAAAGUCUGUCCAGGAAGGCAGCACCAAAGAUGUGCUUUAAAAUACUCCACAGCCGCAGCAGAGAGAAAGAAGUUUUAUGAAGAUGUCAGCAUAUCCCAAGGUGAAGGUGGCUUAUUUGAGAUAAACCUCGACCGAAGGAAGCUGAAAACUCCAGGAGGAAAGCUGUUCACAGUGCCAAAUGAAGCCCUGGCCAUCGCUGUGGCGACCGAGUGGGAUGCUCAAAGGGAAACACUCAAGUUCUACACUAUGCACAUGACUACUCUGUGCAACACAGCUUUGGACAAUCCCACCCAACGCGACAAGGACCAAAUGAUCAAUGCUGCUCUGAAGUUUUUGGAGACUGACACCGUCUGUUACAGAGUAGAUGAGCCCCACGCUUUGGUUGAACUACAGAAGAAUGAGUGGGACCCUGUGCUACACUGGAUUGAAAAUAGAUAUAAUGUCACUAUUGGCUCCUCAUCCAGUAUUUUGGGUCCUGAGAUUCCUGAGGCGACCAAAGAUACGUUCCGGCAACACCUCACUUCUUACAAUUUUUGGUCUUUGACAGGGCUUGAAUAUGUGAUCACCCAGCUGAAGUCUGUUGUGCUGUCGCUGGGGAUGAUUGACAGACAUCUGAGUGUGGAACAGGCUGUGCUGUUAUCCAGACUAGAGGAAGAAUACCAGAUACGACGCUGGGGAAAUGUGGAGUGGGCCCAUGACUAUGACAUGUAUGAAUUGAGGGCGCGGACGGCUGCUGGAGCUCUUUUUGUCCACCUCUCUUCCGAGAGUUCAACUGUCAAACGCAAACUUCUGCAGGACUGAGAGAAAACUGAGAAGACAAAGGAAAUCUGCCCUCAAACUGAGAAUAAUACCCCAACCACCUGACUUGUAUGAACGCUUCUAUAGCCGUUCAGACAAACACCACACAUCCCAGUUGUUGUAUUUAGCAGUGACAGCUGCUCUGCCAAUGAUCUGUUGUAGAGUCAUUUCACUCCAGUAAAACACAUUGGCUGUCUUUUUACAAUGUUUAUGUGUCGCAGCUGCCAAGUAUGACACUCCUCACAGAGUUUCCAGACAGUUCUCAGUCACUCGUGACAUUUUGAACACUGGCUGGAUGAUGUUGUUGUCUGUUUGGUGAUGGAAUGUUAAUUCUCAUGCCUGUGUUUUUCCUGUAAGCAGCAUUUGAAUAUUGCAGAGUGCUUGUGUUUCCUAAAAGCACUCUAACCUAUUCAUAUUAACUGUUUAGUGUUUGGUAAAGGCACAGUGCAUGUGAGAAGUAUCUACUUGUAUUAUGUGAUACAUUAAUGUUCAGGUUAUUUUUCUUGUAGUUAAUCAACCCUGCUGUGUGUUUGAUGGUAUUUUUUCAGCGGAAAUGUGGAGAAAGACAGAAGGCUGUACCUGGAAAGCUUGUUCCUUUUUUCUAACUCUUUAGAAAAAAUAGAAUUCCAGCAGAAAAAUGGGGAGUAUCCUCAUCCAGUGGAGUUCUGUUGCUUUUACAGUUUACGUGGAUCAAGGCUAAAAAAAAUAAUGGUAUUAUCUGACUGUGGUUAUCAUUUCAACUGGCGAAAGGUAGAAUAUGGAAGCAGAGUUCAUAUUGAAAUAAAACGCAUAAGAGUCACAGGUAA